GUUUGGGAGAAAAGAAUGAAGAUGAAAGACUUGGUUUGCCCGCAGCAGCACGCUGGUCACGUGUACGCGACGCGGAGCCUGAUUGGCUCCGGCGCAGCGUCGGUUUAAAGAGCCACCCACCAGCCGCGCUCUGAUUGGUCAGCUGCGUUGAGGCGCCAAGAUUCCAAUAAAUAGAGAAGCGGAGAAGAAGAAGCUCCAGAGUCAGAGAGCCGCCAUCGAGCAGAGAAGAAGAAGCAGCCGCAGCUCCACACUCUCCUCUUCGUCUCCACCUCUUCGUCUCCUCUUCUUCGCCUCCUCUUCUUCACCUCCUCUUCUUCACCUCCUCCUCUUCUUCUUCUCCUCCUCCUCUUCUUCUUCUCCUCCUCUUCACGAUGCUCCGCUCGCCUCUUUCCGUCAGAGAGGAGAAGUCUCUCUGCAGUCAGACCUACAACAUGGCGCUGGACAAAGAAAACACGCCUCCCGCCGUGAGCAGCGCCCGCAUCCUGGCGUCGAAGACCGCGCGCAAAAUCUUCUCUGACGCUGCGCCCAAAGCCGUGAAGAAGAGCAGCAGCGAGGAGGCGGAGCCUCUGCUGAAGGACAACGCCAGCCGCUUCGUCAUCUUCCCCAUCCAGUACCACGACAUCUGGCAGAUGUACAAGAAGGCUGAGGCGUCCUUCUGGACCGCAGAGGAGGUGGACCUGUCGAAGGACCUGCAGCACUGGGAGUCUCUGAAGGACGAGGAGAGGUACUUCAUCUCUCACGUGUUGGCGUUCUUUGCCGCCAGCGACGGCAUCGUCAACGAGAACCUGGUGGAGCGCUUCAUGCAGGAGGUGCAGGUGACGGAGGCCCGGUGCUUCUACGGUUUCCAGAUCGCCAUGGAGAACAUCCACUCGGAGAUGUACAGCCUCCUCAUCGACACGUACAUCAGGGAGCCCAAAGAGAGAGAAUACCUGUUCAACGCCAUCGAGACUCUGCCGUGUGUGAAGAAGAAGGCCGACUGGGCGCUCAACUGGAUCGGCAACGGCAACGCCGCCUACGGAGAGCGAGUGGUGGCCUUCGCCGCCGUGGAGGGAAUCUUCUUCUCUGGCUCUUUCGCUGCCAUCUUCUGGCUGAAGAAGAGAGGCCUGAUGCCCGGCCUGACCUUCUCCAAUGAGCUCAUCAGCAGAGACGAGGGUCUGCACUGUGACUUCGCCUGUCUGAUGUUCAAACACCUGCUCAACAAGCCGUCCAAAGAAACCGUCACCGACAUCAUCCAGAACGCCGUGGCCAUCGAGCAGGAGUUCCUGACGGAGGCUCUGCCCGUGAAGCUGAUCGGGAUGAACUGUGACCUCAUGAAGCAGUACAUCGAGUUCGUGGCCGACCGCCUGAUGCUGGAGCUCGGCUUCGCCAAGAUCUACCGGGUGGAGAACCCCUUCGACUUCAUGGAGAACAUCUCUCUGGAGGGAAAGACCAACUUCUUUGAGAAGCGCGUGGGCGAGUACCAGAGGAUGGGCGUCAUGUCCGGCCCCUCGGACAACACCUUCAGGCUGGACGCAGACUUCUGAGGGCGGAGGUGUGGUCACGUGAUCCGGCGCCGCAGCAGCAGACGCUAGGUUUUCACUCUAACUUCCUGUGCUGUCCCAGAGGAAGCUGGCGUUCCCCUCAGCUCUCUCUCUCUCAGCAGGAUGCAGCCGUGUGUACAGAUGUUUUACUUUGUACAGGACCUUUUAUUAAAUGACGGCAGUUUCUGUAAAUAAGUCUUUUAUCCCCAUUUUUAAAAAGUAAUUUUAGUCUGUUUUUAUGAUCUUUGAAUUGAGCUGUCAAAUGUACAGUUUUAGUUUUUAAUGUAUA